ACCAUGUUCCACCAAGGCAAUCUUCAGAGCGGCAUCACGCUUGCUAUCCAAGAACAGAAGCUCGUUGGAAUCCUAGUUGGAGACGAUGGCCCUGAGAGCGCCCAAUGGGAGAAUGAGUGGUUACAUAGUGGUUGGAUAGAAAACCUACUCGAACAGACUGCUGUUCUGCUCCGCCUAGAAGCCGGCUCGACCGAGGCAGGCUUCCUCUCCGCAUUCUGCACCAUAUCAAGCACGCCUACGUUUGUUGUAAUACACAACGGGCAGCUCAAAGAGCAACUCUCGGCGGGCAUCUCGCAGGAUGAGUUCGUCAAUAGAGUGCGCAAAGUCCUAGGUGCAUCCCCGAUACCAGGCUCCGCUGCAGCCUCGACGGCAAACGAUCAAACGUCAACAAACUCGCACGUAUCGACAAAUCCCCCUGUCGCGGCGCCGUCACCGCGAGCUGUUCCCACCUCUCAGUCUCCUGCGCCCACUUCGGUGCCCGCGCCCGAACAAUCCUCGACGCCUCCACCGACCGCGAAGGAUAAAGGCAAGCAGAGAGCCGCUCCGCCACCAACAAGCGCCCAGAAAUCAGCUGCGCAACAAGCUGCUCGAGAUGCGCUACGCAAGAAGAAGCAGGAAGAGAAAGCGGAACUGGAGCGGGUGAAAGCGAACAUAGAAGCAGACAAAGCCGAAAGAAGAGCACAAGCAGAGGCCCGCAAACUUGAACGCGAGAGGCAAGCCCAACAAGCAUCCGACACACCACAGUUCACCACACGAAGUAGCAAAGGCUCGCAGGCAAAGCAAGUUCACCUCAAUGUCCGACUCUUCGACGGCCGCACCGUUCGCUCCACGUUCCCGCGCACUGCAAAGCUGGAAACAGACGUUCGUCCUUGGGUAGAUGGCGAAGCCGAAGCCGCAGCGGCAACUUCAGAAACCCCACACCAGAAACAACCGCCCUACUACUUCAGACAGAUCCUCGCGCCCCAACCCAGUCGCGAGCUCUCGGCUGGCGAUGAAGCGGAAACGCUCGGUGAUAUCGACCUCGCACCCUCGGCGACUCUUGUUCUUGUCCCCGUCAAGGGUUACACAGAGGCGUACUCGGGGAGCUCGGGUGGCAUUGUAUAUGGCGCGGCGGGAAAUGUCAUGGGGUUGGUGGGGAGCGCGUUCAACAUGGCCGGCUCUGUGCUGGGGUAUGUUGGAAACACGGUAUCGUCUGUUCUGGGGGGCGGCGCAGCUUCCACAGAGACGCAAUCAUCUUCCUCGCCCUCUUCGUCGUCGUCGUCGACGCAGAAUCCCGCUGGUCAAUCGCUGGGGAGCUGGCAGGCCGAGAGCGGUAGUCACAGCGGUGGUGGUAGUGGGCCGACGACGAAUGUCAAUGUGCGCGUUCGCACGCUGGCGGAUCAGAGGGCCGGCGAGCGCGGGGGUCAGAACUUUUAUAACGGGAAUCAGCUGAGUUAUGCGCCGAGGGAUGAUGGUGGUGAUGAGGGUCAAGGGCGAUCGAGGGACGAUUGA